AUGGUUAGAGAAACCAAAUUUUACGAUCUACUCGAUGUACCUCCUACAGCCUCAGAGGGCGAUCUCAAAAAGGCGUACCGCAAAAAGGCCUUGCGGUAUCACCCUGACAAAGGCGGAGAUCCAGAUAAAUUCAAGGAAGUUACGCAUGCCUAUGAAAUACUUUCUGAUCCCGAAAAACGAGCUGUAUAUGAUGCUAGAGGAGAAGCAGGAUUAUCGGAGGCAGGGGGAGGCAUGGAUCCCCAGGAUCUUUUCAGCCAGCUCUUCGGUGGUGGAGGUGGCUUCGGUGGUGGAGGAGGAUUUUUUGGUGGAGGCGGCCCAUCUCGAAACGGUCCUCGCAAAACGAAAGAUCUCGUCCAUCGCGUCCACGUCACUCUAGAAGACCUCUACAAGGGCAAAACCACCAAACUUGCACUGACACGGAACGUUCUAUGCUCAAAGUGCAAAGGAAAGGGCGGUAAGGAUGGUGCUGUCAGGAGUUGUUACUCGUGCAGUGGGCGCGGUGUCAAGAUUACCAUGCGACAGAUGGGUCCGAUGAUUCAGCAAAUACAGACACCCUGUGAUGAAUGUUCGGGUACCGGAGAGAUAAUCAAUGCGAAAGACCGAUGUGGGCAGUGCAAGGGCAAGAAGGUGAUGCCGGAGAAAAAGUUCCUCGAGGUGCACAUCGACAAAGGCAUGAAGGGCGGCCAGACGAUCCAGUUUAGAGGCGAGAGUGAUCAGUCACCUACGGCCGAGGCUGGGGAUGUUGUUAUCGUUAUCGAAGAGAAGCCUCACGAGCGCUUUAAGCGCCAGGAUAACGAUCUCGUUACCGAAGUCGAAGUAGACCUCUUAACUGCUCUUGCUGGCGGUCAGUUUGCCAUUCGGCAUCUGGAUGAGCGCGCUUUGGUGGUAAAGAUAGAACCUGGUGAGGUUGUCAAUCAUGGCGACCUCAGAGUUAUCCAUGGACAGGGCAUGCCUUCACAACGGCACCAUGAGCCUGGUGACUUGUAUGUCAAGCUCAACGUGAAGUUCCCGGAGUCUAUCGAUCCAGCUGUUAUUCCUCUGUUGGAGAAAGCAUUACCACCACGCAAACCUAUCGAAACCUUUGACAAGCACGUUAUACUCGACGAGGUUCAUUUAGAAGAACCCGACUCGCAUGGUGGAAUGCAUGAUGAGCCGAUGGACGAAGACGGAGACGAGCCUCGCGUGCAGUGCGCCCAGCAGUAA